AUGAAAAUCCACAAAGACAAACCUUUCAGCUGCUCAGUGUGCGAAUCAUUCAGCUGCUCAGUGUGUGGUAAAAGCUUUAUUCAGAAGAGUAAUCUGCGGUUACACAUGAGAACUCACACAGGUGAGAAACCAUUCAGCUGCUCGGUGUGCGGUAAAAGCUUUAUUCAGAAGAGUAAUCUGCAGUUACACAUGAGAACUCACACUGGUGAGAAACCUUAUGGCUGCUCAGUUUGCAGUAAAUGCUUCACUCUAAACCGUAAUCUGCAGGAUCACAUGAAAACUCACACAGGUGAGAAACCUUUCAGCUGCACAGUUUGCAACAGAAGCUUCAGUCAAAAGAUUCAUCUGCAGGAACACAUGAUAACUCACACAGGUGAGAAAUUAUUCAGUUGUUCAGUGUGCAAUAAAAGUUUUACACUACAACGUACUGUGCAGAAUCACAUGAAAACUCACACAGGCGAGAAACCCUUCAGCUGCACAGUUUGCAACAGAAGCUUCAGUCAAAAGAUUCAUCUGAAGGAACACAUGAGAACACACACAGGAGAGAAACCUUUUGGCUGCUCAGUUUGCAGUAAAAAUUUCUCUAUGAAGCAUAAUCUGCUUGAACACAUGAAAACUCACACAGGUGAGAAACCAUUCAGCUGCUCAGUGUGUGGUAAAGGCUUCAGUCAAAAUAGUGAUGUGCAGAGACACAUGAGAACUCACACAGGGGAUAGACCCUACCACUGCUUAGUGUGCAAGAAAAGUUUCAGUCAAAAUAAUCAUCUGCAUUCACACAUGAGAACUCACACAGGUGAAAAACCAUUCAGCUGCUUAGUGUGCAAGAAAAGCUUCAGUCAAAAGAUUCAUCUGCAGUCACACAUGAGAAUACAUGAGUAGCAGCAGGCAAUAAAGGAGCCUGUUCAACAAGUUAUCUAUCUGUUUAGUCGGUUUAUAUUAUGUUCAGGAGCUUUAAAACAAAGUUUUUUGAGGGGUUUUUGCCACAUUUGUCAGUCUUGGAUACAUUUAAGCCUUUACCUGAGGGGGAUAAUGAUUCGGUUUUUGUUUUUAUUUUGGUGUAUGUUGGAGUCUCAGAAUAUGUAGCUCAGCCUGUUAGGUGUGACAAGAAUAAUGUUUUUUUCUUUUAAAUGUAUUUAUUUAUUACACAGAACCAGUCAUUUUCAUCCUAUCUAAGAGUUUUGGAACCACACUGAUUUGCUAGCUUUGUGCUAUUAAAUCAUGUAUUGUUGGCUAAUAUAAACGCUGUUUGUCAUAAUACAUAAGUUUGUAUCAUGGAUCAUGUUAGUCAUUUUGCAAGCUAACAUUGACCAUAGAUAAUAUUUUGCUACCAAUAAUGUUAGCAAGUAAGCAUAUUAGGCCAGCCAGCUUGGGUGAAGGCUAGGCCUGUCUAACCCUUACUACUAGUCAUAGGAAGGAAUGUUCCUGGUAAUCAUGUAAUCCUCAGUCUACAGUCCGUAUGUAGGACUUUAUGCACUUUAUGGAAUGGCUUUUAGUGCAUUUAAAAGAAUAAUUUGGGGCACUGUUUUCCCACUAAUUGUGUAAACCGAUGGCCGAUGUUUAAUUUUAAAUUCAAUGCAUAACAAUAAGAGUACAGAACAGCUGAUAAACUGAACAAUGAACCCAAACAGUGACCACAAUAAGUGCAGGAAAUUUAUGUAAAGCCAGAGAUUUUAUAAUAUUUGCUGUGAAUAUUGAUCAGAGUUGUGUUUUCCUGAUAUUUUUAUACAAUUAUCUGUCUGUAUUCUGUAUUUUCUAUCAUUUUUUAACAGCAAUACAUACUUCAAAAGCUUCUUUUAUGACAAAUUCAGUGUUUUCCUUUCCCUGAUGCUUGUUCUAGUUGGUUGUUUUUACUUUUCCUAUGCAGGAUGAGCUUGUUUAUAUAGCUUGUGUUCAAGGUUUAUAUUAUUUAUUCUUCACAGAAAUUAAUGAAAUGCUGAGAUAUAGGCUUGCUGUGUAUAUUUUUAAAGUUUUCUUACACCCCUUACAAUCAAGAAGGUCUUUCGACCCAUAGUGGGGGUCACGGCCCCCGGUUUUAGGGAAUAUAAUCGACCAUUUGAAAUGCCAAACUUCUUUACCUCUUAAACACUUUACAGACUUAUAACUCUGCAACAUGGGGGUAUCCAACGUGGUUCCUGAGGGCAGCUGGUAGCCUGUGAGUAGCCUAUGAGUAUUCACUGAGCAUGUUCUGUAAUCUUCUUAAUCUUUCAAGGAAGUAGGAACUGGUUCUGUUGUGUCAGAACAUUUAAAUACAUUACCAAUAUGUUUCAUUAAUUAAAAGUAGAGCAGAUUUUUUAUAAGACCCGACCUGCAACCACUCCAACAAUGGUUCCGCCCUGUAUAUGAAAAUUACUAAAGGUCAAAAUCCACGCUGUGUGUUAAAUCCAAACAUGUUUCAAAAACCUAUUCCACAUGAUGCAGGUGGCCCUGAAACAUCCUCCCAGACACAAAUAAAGUAUUCAGUGCACAUUCAAUAAAAUGAAACUUAGAUUAGAGUAGGACGUUCCUCUUUGAUAAAGCUUAUAGUUCCUGAACCAUCCCUUAGUUAUGCUGCUAUAGGCCUAGACUAUCGGGGGAUUUCCCAUGGUGCACUGAGCUCCUCUCUUCCUCUCUCUUUCUGCACUCAUUCAUGUCCCAUUAAUGCAUGUUACUAACUUCACUUCUUCCCCGGAGUUCUUGUGCUUUCUCAUCUCGCAGGUUCUCAUGGAUCCUGGUGGAGCCUCCUGCCAUGGUCCUGCUAGAUUGCCAUUGCCAAUACUGUUGUUGCUGUGCACCUGUCUGUCUGUCUGUCUGUCUGUCGGUCUCUCUCUCUCUCUCUCUCUCUCUCUCUCUCUCUCUCUCACCCCAACUGGUCGAGACAGACGACCACCCACCUAGAGCCGGAGGAUCUGUCCUAGGUUUCUGCCUUUUAACAGGCAGUGUUUCCUUGCCCUUGUCGCCAAGGUCUUGCUCAUGGUGGUACUGUUGGGUCUCUGUAAAUAAUGUUAUAAAGAGUUCGGUCUAGACCUGCUCUAUUUGAAAAGUGUCCUGAGAUAACUUCUGUUAUGAAUUGGUGCUAUACAAAUAAAAUUGAAUUGAAUUGAAA